UCAAUAUAGAACUUGUUGUAAUGGCUUCAGUGUGUGUUUCAGUACAUUAUAAUUGUUUUUGGCACAUUUUUACACACCGUCAUAAUACAAAAUAGUCAAUAAGUGCAACUAUUUACCCCUUAAAGAUUACAAGCACCAACUCAAGGAACACUAGAACCACCUAAAGAACCUGUGGAAACUCCUCAGUGACCACAAGAACAGUGAUCACACAAACAUCAACUAUGACUGAAAUGGCGUGAACCUAAUGACCCGUAGAACCUCCUUCACCAAAAUUCAAAUCAAGUUUAUUUAUAUAGUGCCAGUUUAAAACAUAAGUGAUCUCACUGCACUUUUCAUGUGGGGCAGGUCUAGACCGUACUCUCUGUAAUAUUAUUAACAGAGACCCAAAUAAAGGGUCUCCCAGAACCCCCGGGUUCACCUCCUGUUCCUUUCUUUCUUCUUGCAUUGCUACUAUAAGUGUUUGUUUGAUUCUACUCUGUUUGAUUUUAUUCUAUAAUUACUUUAUUUCUUUUUACUUAUUUGUCUGUUUGCACGUAGGCAGCAGUAAACUGCACUUUUUAUGUGAAGAUGAAACCAUAAUAUUAUAUAUUAUCGUUAUUGUAGAUCAGGUUCCCGGGUGUAAACGCGUGUAUGAACAACUGUAUAGGCCUCUUUUUAUUUUAGACAGUGAGUGAUUGAACAUCAGUUGGUACCGAACAUGAGAAGAGAAACUAUUAUAAAAUAUGUGGGACUUUCGAUGAUUUGAUCAUCAGAAUAGUUGCUUAUUAAUCAGCUAAUCAAUGAGUCGCUUCAGAGCAUUAUUGUUUGUUUUUGAGCAGGUUACCAUGGUGAUAAGCCGGGGUUAAAGGUCAGCUAGUUCCGCGAUAACACAGGUAAAGCUCACCGUGCAGCUGCUAACGUGCUAAGCUAACGUUAGCUCCGGGCUGCAGGACCGACUGAAACUCAAGCACAAAGAAGAAUAGAGGAGAGAGAGAGCGGCAGAGCGAGCCUGUGGAUGAGCAGGUGACCGAUUCAUUGAUUGACAGAUGAAGCUGAAUGUGUGUGCUGCGUUUCUGCUGCUGAUCUGCUGCGUCUGCCUGCAGAGAGGCGACUGCAGUCUGCCCGACGUCACGCCUCCGCUGCAGGUGGAGGUGACGACAAACAUCGCCACGCCUCCGAAGAAGAACGGGCUCAGACGACUUCCUGGACUCUGCCGACGCCUGAAGAGACGCAGAGUCACCGUCCUGUGUAACCUGGAGAAGUUCUGCUGGAGGGGGCGGAGUCAGAAGACUCGCUCUGGCCAGGUGUGUCGUUGUCCGCGGGGCUCCAGGUGUUCACAUUUCUUCGUCCACAGUCUCUGAAACUUCACUGUCAAGAUGAAACUGUGUUUUUCAAACUUUAAUUAAAAGUCCUCCCUGCAUUA